AUGGCUUUUGUUCACUGCGGGUCUGAAGAGUGCACCAAAUCCGAACUAGACUUGUUUCAAAUAGCCCCUACGCAGACCAGCAUCGAGAAAAGCAUUUACAUCGAGGUGCCACCUCUAUCGGCCGUUACGGAGUCUGCCCCCAUUGACUUUUUUAUAGCAGGGAAUGGCAUAGAUUAUAUGGAUUUAAACAACACGCUGCUUUACCUGUGUUGCAAGAUUGUAAAAGGAGACGGAACUGAACUUGCUGCGGACGCUGAAGUGGGCCUGGUGAAUUACCCCGUGGCCUCUAUUUUCAGUCAGUUGGAUGUUACGCUGGGAGACCGCCUUGUAAGCCAAAGCAACAACUGUUACCCUUACAGGGCCUUUAUAGAAUCAGUGCUCAAUUACAGCGAUGACACCCUCGCCACGCAAUUUUCUGCCGGCCUGUUUUACAAAGACACUGCUGGACAACAUGAAAAAACAGAGUUGGAUGGAGAGAAUCUAGGGUUUGUGAAGCGUGCAAAGCUGACAGCCCAGAGCAGAACGGUAGAGCUGCUGGGCCAUCUACACAGUGACCUGUUUUUUCAAGAAAAACUUUUGUUAAACGGAGUGGAUGUGAAAAUUAAACUGACACGCAGUAAAGACGCCUUCUGUUUAAUGGGCAGUGCGGCUGAAGGCUUUAAACUGCGCAUUGUAUCAGCGUCCCUUUUUGUGAAGAAAGUACGGGUGGCCCCGGGUGUCCGUUUGGGGCAUGCAGAGGCCCUGCUUGCCGCUAAUGCUAAAUACCCCGUGGACCGAUUUGUGGAUAACGAUGCCUUUAGCGGCAGUUACACUAAAAAUCCCUUUCAUUUUAAACAUUACGAUAUUAAUUUUGUGGCCCUGUAUGUGGAUGGUGAACAGGUACCGACCAAGCCUCUGCAACCGGACUUCGAGGCAGGACGCUGCGUGAGAGAAUACAUGAAUCUGGUACAGACAGCUGGUAAACACAUGAAAGAUCGUUCUCUGUUAAUCGACCGUGAGGAGUUUGCACAGGGUUACACCUUGUUUGCCUUUGACCUGUCUCCCGACCAGGAAUGCGCAGAUCACUAUUCCCUGAUUAAAACUGGGAACCUGAGAGCAGAAAUACGGUUUGGAAAGGCUUUAACGGUUACCGUCAAUAUGACUGUGUAUGGAGUUUUUGACAAUGUCAUAGAAAUAAAUCAGAGAAGAAACGUUCUGUUUGACUACAUGUGA